CUCCAAAGUCUCAUCAGCUCUACAUUUACAGGUGAUCGUUCACAGAUAUUGUGACGGACGGUGAUGAUGGGUUUCAGCGUGAUCAUCAUCUUUGCUCUGCUGCAGAUCCGUCUGCUGAAUGCUGGGGGGAAUCCAGAGGAUCUUUCUAACAUUGAAAGCACUGACUCUUCUAAUCACCAUCAGCGUCACGCUCGUGGAUCACCUUCCAGCAAGCCUUCAGCUGGGAAAGAGGAGGAGGACCAGAACUUUUUUGACUCAAACAUUUAUUUGGAAUUGGUUGAAUCAAACACUCCACCUAAAGAUGCAGUUAAAGUUUCCCAUUUGAACCAAGAGAAUUACAUUAUUGUAAAUGGGAAAUGUAAUAAUGUUAAGUAUGAAUUACUUAAAAGUUCAGCUGCACAGAGCCAAGGUGCUAAUAAUAAGGUACGUCAAUUUCUAGUUAAUAAAGAUAACUUUGAAAUUUUAAAGUGGAAAACAUGGGCAGAUAUACAGAAUGGCCAGAUUCAAUUUUACCCAGUAAGGAUUUGUAAAAGUCACUACAUUGCUAAAGAUCAAAAUGGUAUCACUUCCAUAGACAAUUUAGUAAUGGAAAAAAGUAAUGAAAACAUGCAAACUGAAGUUCUCACCGUAAACUUUGACAUAAGUUGGGAGCAUUUAGAAAUUGAUAAUUAUGUAGUUUCAAAAGAGAAAACUGAUAAAAACUCGGAUGUGAUAAAACAGUUCAUAGCUCACAACAACAACUGUGCUCCAGCCAAACAUGUGGUGAAGUUGGAUCAAGGCAGCGACAAAACAAGUUCUUUUCUAAAUGGCCGUGGACAUACGUUUGGAGUGGGAGGAGAAGUAUCAAUCUCAGGUAAAAUUCCACAAUUAUUCGAUUUAGGUGGAAAAAUAAAUUUGAAAUAUGACCAUAGUCGCUCAAAAUCUAUAACGACAUCCAAAGUUGAUAAGGUCCUGCACUCAGUGAGUACGGAGAUACAGGUUCCACCCAAUACUUUUUGUACCAUUGAGAUUUCAAGCAAAACCUUUAGAGUUCAAGUCCCAUAUACUGGUCAGCUCAUCCGAAGAUACAAGGGCGAUAAUUUACCCCUACGCAUCACCUCUGUUACCGGCAUCUACGAUUAUCAGGAAGUAGCAGAACUCGAAACAUCUGUGAACAGCUGCAAAGACAAUGAAACUAUCCUGAAAUGUACUAGUGUAUGAAAACUGCACAACUUCUGAAAAAUAAAUGACAUGUUGCCAUGUGUGUGAUCAUAACAGAAUGUAAAAAAAAA